AUGGAUUUGAACAUUUGUCUUUACUGCGAGAAACAAUUGAACGAGGAUAAUAUGAACUUUUGUUCUUCUGUUUGUCAGACAAAUGAGGCAUCUAAACCUGUGUAUAACAAUCCAUCUACUUCAUCUCCCAGCUUUUCAUCCUACUCUCCUUCUCGGCUCAUUGCCAAUGUUCGAUCAUCUAGUACAACCAGUCCUAGCUAUGAGAUAGCAUAUCAUCGACGUCUCUCGUAUUCGUAUUCAACAUCACCUUCAUCCUUAUCAUUUUAUCACUAUCCCAUAGCAUCUUCCUCUUCGUCGUCAUCUUCAUCUUCAUCAUCAGCAUCAAUCUUAUCAACCUCCACUAUGCAUGAUUCAAUGAAACAACAGCUUUCAUCAUGGGAAGCGUUUCCAAAUCAUCACCAUCAACAAAAACAACAUCAUCAGCAACAGCAAAAUGUAUAUACAAACUAUCUUUUUUAA